GAACCCCGGCGGAGACCUGCGAAAGCCUGGCAAGAUAUGAGAAAUGAGUGUUGGACGCAGAAGAUUAAAGCUGCUGGGAAUUCUGAUGAUGGUAAACAUUUUUAUUUAUGUGAUUGUGGAAGUCUCAAAAAGUGGCAGCCAAGAGAAGAAUGCAAAAGGCCGUGUUAUUAUACCGCACAGCAAAUUCUGGAGAAAAUACACUCCUCACAAAGCUUAUUGGAACAAACAGCAACAGAAGCUUGAACUUCUGUACAAUCCUAUUCUGACCUUGCUUUCCAAUAUGACUGUGGAAGAGAACUUAGCUUCUAACUCAAGCAUUCUCAGUUCCUGUGAACCAGACCCGUGGGUGUCUUCAGAGGUUAGUGACUUUGCAAACUUGCCAGACAGAUUCAAAGACUUCCUACUUUAUUUGAGAUGUAGAAAUUACUCGUUAUUAAUGGAUCAGCCAAACAAGUGCAAACACAAACCUUUUCUGCUGCUGGCUAUUAAGUCACUUACACCCCAUUUUGAUAGAAGGCAAGCAAUUAGGGAAUCCUGGGGCAAGGAAAUAAAAUCGGGGGAUGUGACAGUCAAAAGGGUUUUCUUACUUGGACAGACCCCACCAGAGGAUAAUUUUCCUGACCUUUCAGACAUGAUAAAAUUUGAGAGUGAAACCCACCAAGACAUUCUCCUCUGGAACUACAGAGACACUUUCUUCAAUUUAACUCUGAAAGAGGUGCUGUUUCUGAAGUGGGUGAGCAGCAGUUGUGCAGAUGUCCAGUUUAUUUUUAAGGGUGAUGAUGAUGUUUUUGUGAAUACCCAUCAGAUCCUGGAUUACUUGAAGAGCUUAUCAAAGGACAAAGCCAAAGACUUAUUUAUAGGUGAUGUGAUCAAAGAUGCUGGACCUCAUAGAGAAAAAAAAUUAAAGUACUACAUCCCAGAAAGUGUUUAUGAAGGUUCAUAUCCUCCGUAUGCAGGAGGCGGUGGGUUUCUGUACUCUGGUGAUCUGGCAUUAAGACUGAAUAAUGCGUCUGACCAGGUACUCCUUUACCCUAUUGAUGAUGUUUAUACUGGAAUGUGCCUUCAGAAGCUUGGGCUUGCUCCGGAAAAACACAAAGGCUUCAAAACGUUUGAUAUUGAAGAGAAAUACAGAAAUAACAUAUGUUCCUACACAAACUUGAUGUUAGUACAUAGUAGAAAACCUCAAGAAAUGAUUAAGAUUUGGACACGCUUGCAAGAUCCACACUUAAAUUGUUAAACUAGUGUGCCUAGCCAUCUUAAGUCCGAGUAACUUUCCGAGUUUGGCUCUAACUUUCUUGGUGGACCAUUGGAGCUCUGUUUAGUAGUUUAAUUCUCUCUGGAAACUUUUUUCCUGUACUUUUGAAAAUGAGAAUAAUACUAAAAUUGGAGGGGAUGGCUUGAAGACUUGGUCCUGACUUUUCCACUGUCCUGGUGGUCAUUAUGUUUCAAUAUUUGUCUUAAAUUAAUUUUAAGAAGGACUUUAAGGAUGUAAGUAGCUGAUAGUGACUGGUUGGCUGUAUUGGAAACGGGUUACCUACUACAGUGCAUCUUUCAUUAAUUGUGAUGGUGGAAGAACAUUUUUCCUUGAGUAGUGUUUGUGUGUGGGUGUGUGGAAACCACUGUAAAUUGAAAAUUCACAAAUUGGAGGAAUGUAGUUUUAC